CAGUCACUGACGCUGAGACACAAACAACAACGGGAAAAGCCGGAUAAGCGCUAGACAGCUGUUGAAAGUCAACUGAACCUACUCAUUAAGGACUCUACCCUCUCACGUGACCACUGGGCGUCAACCCCCGCAGAGGUCUUCUUCCUCCUCCCCAGCCCCGGGCCCGACGGUCGUGUGGAGCCCCGGGACAGCAAUAGGUCUCCCGGGCCCGUGGCCGCGGCCCGCGAUGGCGCUGCUGGGCGCGCUCGUCUGCUGCCUGCUGCCUGCCUGGCACUGCCGCCCCGGCCUCGGACUGCCUCUGGCUCCCGCUGGCGGCCCGAGUCCCAGUCCGGCGGUGGCAGGACAGUUUUGGCAUGUGACUGACUUACACUUAGACCCUACUUACCACAUCACAGAUGACCACACAAAAGUGUGUGCUUCCUCGAAAGGUGCAAAUGCCUCCAAUCCUGGCCCUUUUGGAGAUGUUCUAUGUGAUUCUCCUUAUCACCUCAUUUUGUCAGCAUUUGAUUUUAUUAAAAAUUCAGGACAGGAAGCAUCUUUUAUGAUAUGGACAGGGGAUAGCCCACCUCAUGUUCCGGUGCGUGAACUCUCAACAGACACGGUCAUAAAUGUGAUUGCUAAUAUGACAACCACAAUGCAGAGUCUCUUUCCAAAUCUCCAGGUUUUCCCUGCACUGGGUAAUCAUGACUAUUGGCCACAGGAUCAACUGCCUAUAUUCACCAGCAAGGUGUACAAUGCAGUAGCAAGCCUCUGGAAGCCAUGGCUGGAUGAAGAAGCUAUUAGUACUCUAAGGAAAGGUGGCUUUUAUUCACAGAAAGUUUCAACUAAUCUGAACCUUAGGAUCAUCAGUCUCAACACAAACUUAUACUAUGGCCCAAAUAUCGUGACCCUAAAUAAGACUGACCCAGCAAAUCAGUUUGAAUGGCUAGAAAAUACACUGAACAUCUGUCAGCAAAAUAAGGAGAAGGUGUACAUCAUAGCUCAUGUUCCAGUGGGGUACCUGCCUUAUUCAAGAAGCAUGACGGCAAUGAGAGAAUACUAUAAUGAGAAAUUGAUAGAUAUUUUUAGAAAAUACAGUAACAUCAUUGCAGGACAAUUUUAUGGACACACUCACAGAGAUAGUAUUAUGGUUCUUUCAGAUAAAAAAGGAAAUCCAAUAAAUUCUUUGUUUGUGGCUCCUGCUGUUACUCCAGUGAAGAGUGUUUUAGAAAAACAGACCAACAAUCCUGGUGUCAGACUAUUUCAGUAUGAUCCUCGUGAUUAUAAAUUACUGGAUGUGCUGCAGUAUUACUUGAACCUGACAGAUGCUAAUCUAAAGGGAAAAUCUAAUUGGAAGCUGGAGUAUAACCUGACCCAGGCCUAUGACAUUGAAGAUUUGCAGCCAAAAAGUUUGUAUGAAUUAGCUAAACAAUUUGCAAUCUUAGACAGUAAACAGUUUAUAAAAUACUACAAUUACUUCUUUGUGAGUUAUGACAGUAGGGUAAUUUGUGAUGGGAAAUGUAAGGCCUUUCAGAUUUGUGCAAUUAUGAAUCUUGAUGUUAUUUCUUAUACAGAUUGCCUCAAACAAUAUUAUAUAAAGCACAAUCCGUAGUAUUUCACAGUCUGUACUCAUAGAAAAUGUAUCAUUGCUCUGUUUCUGAGAUCAGUUUGUGACAAUUGUUAUGCCAAACUUUGUGAGUUACUGAGUGGGCAGGAAGAAUUCCUGUCUUUGCUUUUUUAUGAUGCCCAAAAUGUAGAUAUUUUUAACAUCCUAAAUUUUUAUUAUAUCGAAUGUAUCUAAACUGCCCAUUACUAGAAUGAUGUUUGGAUGUAAAUACCCUAUCUUCCAGUUUAUAUAAUUACAUCUAAUUUAUACUCUUGUUGAAAUUGUCAUUUAUACAAUAAGACAAAUUACUUUUCCCUGAGUAUGAUGAAUUCUUUUUAAUAUGAUAAUUUUCAGUCUUUUAAUUCAUUCUUCUGGAAACUUCAUGUGUAAACUGAGGUUCAGACAGUUUUAAGUAUCAUGAGGUUGACACUGUUUAUGCACUAUCUAUACUCUUGGGAAAACACCAAGGUCACAUUAGGGCCAUCUCUGAGUCUAUGAAACAUCACGGGACAUGACCUCACUAGCUGUCUUCAUUCUGUGAGUGAAGGGGAGUCCUCUUUAGUACUAAGUUUUAAGGAAGAGAAUGUCACAGGAGAAUGGCUAAAUAUUUUAUCAAACUUUAAAAAUGCAGAAAUAGUAUUUAUAUGUUGCUUACAGAUACAUGUAAUAGAUCCCCCAAAAGAGGUGUGUUGGUAAACAUCAAAUACAGGAAUGUUGGAGGUUAAUGAAUGGGGAAGUUGAUUGGGGAAAGAUAUAUAAGGGGAUUUAAAUGUGUUGGUAAAGUUUUAUUUCCUAGUUCAAUCAAUUUCCUAGUGGCUAUGUUAAUGUUAGCUCAUUUUUCUUUAUAUAUUUUUAAAUAUAUUAAAUACUAUAGAGAUCCAGCCUUUAAAGUUGAUUA